CUUCUCCUUCUAUUUCUCUGCUCCUUCCCCUUGCUUUUCCAAGUUCCUAUGGCUCCUCAAAACUCUUCCAUUUCUUUGUAGUAGCUCAAAAAUUCCUCCCAAAUUCUCAAAAAAUAGCAAAAUCAAUGGAAAACUACUCUUAUUCUUCAUACCCAGAUUCAGUAAAUUCAUCCCCACGUUCUCGUGAAAUUGACUGUGAAAACGCAUCAUGGGAUGAUCAACCUUCUUCCUAUAAGGUCAAGUUCAUGUGCAGCUAUGGCGGUAAAAUCCACCCUAGACCCCACGAUAACCAACUCGCCUAUGUCGGCGGUGAAACCAAAAUCCUCUCCGUUGAUCGUAAUAUCAGAUUCUCAAAUCUUAUUGCCAAACUUUCAUCUAUUUCCGACUGUGACGUUUGCUUUAAGUAUCAGUUACCUGGUGAGGAUCUUGAUGCUUUAAUUUCAGUAACUAAUGAUGAAGAUUUGGAACAUAUGAUGCUUGAAUAUGACCGGCUUUAUCGCGCUUCAGCUAAACCGGCUAGACUCCGGCUUUUUUUGUUCCCAAUGAAUACACCGGCGACAAGUACUUUCGGUUCUACUGACUCGAAACCUGAGAGUCAGUGGUUUGUUGAUGCUUUGAAUUCUGUUCAGUUACAGGACGUGAAUUCACCGACGGCUGUUUCGCCGGUGCCGGCCCCGGCGGGUACUCCUGAUUUUUUGUUUGGUUUAGAGAAAGGACAAACUCAACAACCUCCGCCGGUAAAGUUACAGGAUCCGGUUCCUCCGCCGUCGGUGCCGGAGGUUUUUGCAAAGGAAUUUCAUGCUGGUUCUGAUGACCGGCAUAUCAUCGGGGAUACUGUAAUUUCGCCCGCGGCGGCUGAUUAUCAGAGACAGAUUCAGGAAAUGCACAGGUUGCAGCAGCAUAUUUCGAACCACGAACAAGCUAUGUACAACAGAAAGGUUGAUGAAUUUUAUCAGCAAAAGGGUCCUCCUCCGCCGCCUCAACAGACGGUGCCGGUGAAAAAUCCGGCGACGUUUUGGCCGGAACGGCAUAUGACAAGUGGACCUUACCAAACAACAGCAGUUCAAACUGAGCAACCUGUAUACAUAGUUCAAACACCCGCUGGGGUUUAUCAAACUCCGGCGAUGCGACCGGUGACUAACCAAUUGGGUGGUCAGGCUUAUUACGGCAUGCAGCGCGUGAUGCCGGAGGUAUACCGGGAACAGCCGGUGUACGGCGGAGUUCCGCCACAGCCAACAAUUCAACAGCCGAAGAUGGUAGGAGCUUACACGUCUGAAAAUAUGGGGAUGGUGCGGCCACACGCGCCGGCGGAGCCUACGUAUACACAAGUUGGGUAUGAUAGUGUAGGGAGACAGGUGUAUUAUACUGCACCAGCAGGUGUUAUGCAACAGCCAAUGCAGCAUCCUGCGGCGGCUGCUGCUGCCGCUGCAGCGGCGGUGGACGGGAGGCAGAGUGGUGGCGCGUUGAAUCCAGAUGGUAGAAUUGUUGGCAAGCCUUGAAUCUUAUCCUUCUAUUUCUUUGUUGUUUUUAAGUUCAUUUUUAAGGGAAUAUAGGAUUUUGUGAACUUUGCGGAGGGCUAUGGUUGUGUGCUUAGUUUUGUUCUGAAAUAUUUAUGUACUAAUGUUUUGUGGGAUUGGGAUAUCAGAUGUGCAAGUGGAAAAAAUUAGUAACUAAUGUUGAUUAAGUACGAAUCUAAACCAUGUUCAAGAAGCAAUGAUCAUUUGGAUUAAUUGUUAAUUUA